AUGGCCCCUCCAAAACUGUUCAUUGGUGGCCUCGCAUGGCAUACAACUGACGAUACCCUGCGUGAAGGGUUUUCGAAGUUUGGUACCAUCGAGGAAGCCAUUGUCGUCAAGGACCGUGAUACCAACCGCAGCCGCGGCUUUGGCUUUGUUCGUUUCUCCAGCGACAGUGAGGCUGACGCCGCACUGAAUGCGAUGAACAACCAAGAGUUCGACGGCCGUGUCAUUCGUGUCGACAAGGCGACUGAACGCUCUUCCGGCGGCGGUGGAGGCUAUGGCCAGCGCCAGGGAGGCUACAACCGCUUUGACAACUCUGACCGCGGCGGCAGCUACAACCGCGGUGGCUACGGCGGUGGCUAUGAUUCCCGCCAAGGAGGUGGCUGGGGUGGACAGCAGCAACAGCAGCAGCAGACGUACCAUGGCCAGAACCAGGGAGGCAACGGAGGAAUGUAA